AUGAUGUGGACCUCCUUGUCUCAGACGAAUCAACAUCGCGAGCUUUGGGUGAUCCUGGUUUUACUGGCCUGCUAUAUCGGCAUUACAGUCCAGCAACGAGACCCCAUAAGCAACUUUUGUCGGCGAUGGGGUCACCAAUCUGCCGUGGUUGACAAUAAGCUCUACAUCGAUGGCGGGUUGGUCACCUGGAGCCCGUCGUCACAACCACCAGAGAACUAUACAAAUCCCUACUUCGUCUACCAUGACUUAAGCCAGAACGCGAGCUCGGGCAUGCCCCCCCCGUCUGCCAAUUUGAGCAAAAAUUCGAGUAUCCCCAACGUCAAUGGUGCUAUCUUGUGGCCCGAUGAUAUCAACAAACGCAUCUACCUCUUUGGCGGCGAAUUCUACGAUGAGUCCCCAUGGCCAUUCUCUCUGUAUUUAUAUGAUAUUAUCAACGACUACUGGGUUAACCAUGGAUCGCCUGGUUCUCCCGAUAUUGACAGUCUGAGCUAUGGCGCUGGUCUCUUGAUUUCAAACGAAGUAGGCCGGGCAGAGGGUGUGAUGGGACAGCCAAUAGAGGAGAUUAUGAUGUACAACAUCUUGAGCGGAAAGUCCUAUAUCCAAAACGCGACUGGGCAUAUUCCAAAGCCGCAAAGACAGUUCUGCACAGGAGUGACUUGGCCAGAUGACCAGUCAUCCUAUAAUAUCUACCUCUAUGGCGGCGCUGGCGAGGCGGAGGGAAACGCGGGAUUCGACGACAUCUACGUCCUAAUAAUUCCUACCUUUACAUGGAUUCGAAUAUACCCUACGGAUUCCAACAAAACGGGUGACUUCCCACAUCAUAAUUUGAGCUGCAAUCUCGUCAACAAGGCCCAGAUGCUCAUCCACGGUAGUUUCUUCCCAUUGAACAACGACUGUGACUCCCCAAACCAGUGGGGUCUGCAUAACCUCGACAUGGGCAAGAGGAACAGUUAUAACUCGCCUUGGAGCUUAUAUGAUCCUUCCAAGACGCACUACGUUGUUCCAACAGACAUUAUCUCGGUCGUUGGCGGCUCGGCGGAGGGUGGGGCGAGCAAGACGGCCCCGACGGACGGCUUCGACCACCAGGAUCUCCAAGCCCUAAUGACACGUAAGGCAUCGGCCGCUUCGAGGAAACCGACACGGGCCAUUCCAGGGGAGGAUUCUGGUCCCAAGCAAGGAUUGUCAAUCGGAGCCAUCGCAGGCAUUGCCGUGGGCGGGUUUGUUGUUCUCAAUGCCGUAUUUGUUUGUGCCUUCUAUCUCAUCCGACGACAUCGACGACGGAAGAUAGCCGAUGGAUCCCAUCGGCCCAUAACCCAGUCUUACUCCCAUUAUCACCCACCGCAAUUCUCCAAUAGUUCACAUCAGUACUCUCAAAGUCCACCACCUUUCCAGUCCCGACCUCAGACUGUUCCGCCUCAUGCAGGCCCGCCAGUCGAACUCCCUUCGGGCUGA